AUGGCUAUGAGAUAUGGAAAAAUUUAUUAUUAUGAUCGUAUGGGAAAUAAAAUUGAGAAUGAAGCACCAUAUUUAAAAGAAGAUAUUGACUUAACAACUUUACAUAAUUCAAAUGAUCCUAUUUUAAAAAAUUCAUUUGCAAAUGAAAUAAAUGAUUUACAAUAUAAUAAUAUGAAUUAUGAUUCUUUUUCAUUAUCAAAAAAUUCUAGUGAUAAAAAUUUUGUUCAUGAACUUCCAGAAGAAUUAGAUCAAUUAAUUUUAAAUGAAAAAAAAAAAGAUUAUGAUAAUGAUAGUAUUGAAGAAUAUGAUAAAAAAAAAUUUCAAAUUAAAAAUACAUCUAUAGAAAAUGGGGAAUCAAUAAUUUUUACACCACCUGAAACUUCUAAUAGAAUGAUAAAUAAUUUUGAUAAAAGACUACUAUAUGAAGAUGAUUCAUUAAAUUUAAAUGAUAAAAAUAAUACUAAUUAUUCAUUGAAUCAUGAUAAUAAUUGUAUCAAUAUUUUAGAUGAUGAUUUAUGUUCAGAGUGUGCUAAACAUGAUUUGUAUAUAAAAAAUGAUGAAGAAAAUAAAAAAUUAAGGCGUAAUCUUGAAAAUCAUAUAAAAUUACAAAAUGAAUUAUUAAUGAAUAAAAAAAAAGAUGAAUUAUUACCAAUGAAUGUAUUACCAAAUUUUGAUAGAGAAGAUGACUAUAAUAAUACAACAAAAAAAUAUAAUGAUAAAUUAAAAUAUCGUAAGGAGUUAGAAGAUGAAAUUGAAAGAAAACGAAUAAUUUCAUUAAAUGAAAUGGAAAAUGAAAAAUUUCAAAAUAAUAAACGUAAUACGAUUGAUGCAAUGUUAUAUGCGGAAGAAAUGAAAAUGAAAGAAAAAAAAGAUAAUAAUAUUAAAGAGUAUCAAAAUAUGAUAUAUCAACAUCAAAUAAAGAAGAAGAAUAAUCCAAAGGAGGAAGUAACAGAAUGGUGGGAAAGAAGACCUAAAUUUAUAGGUGAAGAUGGAAAAUCUUUUACACAACUUGUUGAUGAUGGUUCACAUUUGAGAAGGCAGCUGGCAAAACAAAAACUUCUUCAGGUGGCUGGAAAAAAUUUAGAGAUUUACAAAGCUAAUAUGGCUAAAGAGGAUGAGCUUGCAAGAAGACAUCAAAAAGAAAAAUAUGAAGAAAUGAGAAAUGAUAUUGCUGAACAAUCUAGAUUAAUAAGAGAAGGUGAUAAAAAAUAUUUGUCAAAAGGAAAAAUUGGAAAUGAUAAUCUAUCUGAUAGUCAAAAAUGGAAAGAAAAAGUUUUUGAUAAAUGGGCCAAAGAACAUGAAGAAAAUGAUAAAAAAUAUAGAAUACUUCAAGACUAUAGAAAAGGUGAUUUUGGAUUGUUUGGUAGAAAUAAAAAUGAUUUAGAUGAUACAAAAAAUAAAAAAUAUCAUCGUUUUGAUAUUAAAGCAUUGGAAGAAGAAAUAUUAAAUAAUGAUAUUCAGGAGAAGAAUGAUAAUGAAAAAGAAAUACCACAUACCAUUCAUAGAUGUAAACGUUGUCAUAGAGUUUUAAAAAAUUUUUAA